AUGUACAACACCGCUUUAGAUGGUAACUGGAGUAAGACAAGAGGCAGUGGCAGAACUCUUCUUGUUCAAUUUCGCCAUCGACGACAUUAUGCGAAGAACAGUAGAUCAGUGUCUUGCCGAUAUCAUUCUAGCACCAUCAGGACACGCCUUGACCCAUCUCGAUACGACGAUGUUGUUAUAUUCGCGGAAAGCAGUACGAAACUUCAACAUGUUGUCAACCUUGUAUCGAAGCUUGCUGCAGCCUAUGGACUACGUCUUCACCCUGAUAAAUGCAAGCAGAUGUGGAUCUCUUCGAGACCUCGAACGAGAAUCAACGUGGACGGACAACCGAUAGAACUCGUUGAUGAGUUCUGUUACCUGGGCUGUACGCUGAAGAACAACGGCAGCUACGAGAGAGAUGUUCAGCAAAGAUGCGCUAAGGCCAUUUCUGCAUUUACCUCCUUAACGAAAUGCCUGUGGUCGACCCCCAUCACCAACGAAGUCAAGCUGCGGGUCUACCUAUCCGCAGUUCGCCUAAUCAUGACGUACGGAUCGGAGACUCCAUUACCAUCUACGGUAAUGGAGAGGCUUGUUUGCAGGAAAAGGAAGCUACUUAGACGGCUGCUAGACAACUUUUGGCCUAGGAUAUGCCACAGUGAAGAUGUUCACGCGCAAGUGGAUAUGGUGUACCAGUGA